CUCUCUCUCUCUCUCUCUCACUCUUUCCCUGCGGAAGGUUGACACUUAAGAGGGUUUAUUUAUCCUGAAGAACUCAGGUAAGAUGCAUCCUGGUACUUUAGCCCCAGUGCUGUUACGUUUUGUUGCCAGAUUGGGCCGUUUGAACUGAUUGGACUAAUAAGCAAGGGUAUACAGUAAAUCUGUGUGGAAUAAAGCAUUGUAGCCAUGUGGGGCACAGGUGGGCAAAGAGAUACACUUCUGUCCACUGGAGAAAAAUAGCAGAGCUACUGAAUGUAAGCAUAUUUUUCUAAGACUAAUAAAGACUUGUCCUGAAGUGCAAUGAAAUGGUUAAGGGCUAAUUAAAUUGAAAUCAUUCAGUACUAAUCAGAAUAAGAUAAUGCUUAAGUCUCUAAAGAUAAAUAAGUCAAUUACUUUUCUUUAAUCAUUGCCAUUUCAUUUUAUUUCAAAGUAUGCAUUAAAAUAAAUGCAGUCAUAACCAUUCAGCAUUCCACAGAAUGUUGACUUCAAUGCUUGACCUCAAGUAACUUCUAUGCAAGCAUGUUGAAUGUAGUACAACACAUGGAAUGGAUGGCCAAGAUGGAUGCAAAAGUUAUGAGGCAUCCUUUAGUUUCUGAAGUACAUAGGGCCUUGGUGAUUGGUCUGACUGUAUUGCAAAUAGUAUUUACUUUGCAUUGAACCCACUGAACUGAAUGUUUAUUUUCUAGUACCGCCUGGAGGCAAGAACAAUGAGUAAGACAGUUAGCUCUUCAUUUCCUCAACCGUAAAGGAAUCUCUAUGGAAGUUUUAUGAUCUGGAAACAUGGAGGUGUUCCAGAGGUGUUAUCAGCUUUUAUAUCCAUUAUUUGUUGUUGGUUAGUUCUACAUGAGCAUUAUUUGGAGCCGGUAAAUACUUACACCACUGCCCAUCCUCCACUCUCACUUUCAAAUGUGACACUUAGAUAUUUCAGUAUAACCAUGGUUGUGGAGUGUUUGUGUAUUUUUGUGUUUGAGGUUAGUGAGCUGACAUCUCUACAAUACAUGCGGUGUAGUAGAUAGCGUAAGUGGAUUGCACAGUGUUGACCGUGAUACAGAAAUGGAACAUGUACAGUUCAAAAUAGGAUCCAUACUGUCUCUGUGCAACUACAGAGACACUUUGCCAUCCUGUGUUAUUGAAUAUGCAAAUAAGGAAGUGAUACUGUGUUGUUUCAUCUAGUUGCACUGUUGCUGAGUGAAGCAUUGCAUGCAUUGUCUGGUUCUAUGCACCAUUGAUGCUUCUGUCUAGGUCUCUGUAUGUUGUGUUUAGUUUGUAGGCAUAGUGUGUGCCAUUGUGGACUGCAGGCCUGGGGUCAAUUCUAUUUCAAUUCAGUCAACUUUAAACAGCUAUUUGUAAUUCUGGACAUGCAAUUCACUUCCUGAAUUCACUGAAUUAAUAUGGAAUUGACCCCAACCCUGGCUGCCUGCAACUUUUUGAGUGCAUCCGCAAAGCCUUGCAUCGUCCAAUGGCUGACUGUAUUGCCUGUGCCCCAUGGUUAACUGUGUUGCAUGUGCCCCAUGGUGUUUACUGUGUUGCCUGUGCCCGAUGGCUGACUGUGUUACCUGUGCCCCAUGGCUGACUGUGUUGCCUGUGCCCCAUGGUUGACUGUGUUGCCUGUGCUAGAUGGUUGCCUAUAUUGACUGUGCCAUUGACCCCGUCCCUCUGCCUUUAUGUGCGCUGCAGUGCGUAGAGCCUCGCCGCCGCCGCAGUUUCACUCAGGAUGCACAGCUUCAUGGGAGGGGGUCUGUUCUGCGCCAUAGUGGGGAACAUCCUGCUGGUGGUCUCGACUGCGACUGACUACUGGAUGCAGUACCGCCUGUCGGGCAGCUUCGCCCACCAGGGCCUGUGGAGGUACUGCAUGUCGGGCAAGUGCUAUAUGCAGACGGACAGCAUCGGUGAGUGGGGCGCACUGGGGACCCAUAGGACCACUGGGACUGCCUGUAUGGCAUCCAUAUUAGGAAGUCCCUCAGUUGUCAGACGAAACUCCCUUAGUUGAAGGACUUCCUAAUAUGAAUGCUGUACGCCUGUCUUAGCCAUGUCCAGGACUACCGAGGAGGUCUGUAAUGAAGGAGAUGACUGAAUGACUGAAAUAGUAACAAGUGUCAUUAGACUCAGACUCAAUAGAAUCAAUACGUUUUUUAGACUCAAUAUGUUUUUACAGUUAACUAUGGAGGCAACUCAUGCACCCGUUGGCCCUAAUUGGCUGGCACUAGUUUAGGUGAAAAUGAACAAUUGGACAUUAGACUGAAUUAAUGGGUCAAGACGGUUUUCACAGGCGUGUGGGCUUGUGACUUUCUCUAAUCUUUGAAAUUGUAUCUGUCCUCUCUUUUUCUUGUUUUAUUCCUCUCUCUCUCUCUGUCCUUAGCCUACUGGAAUGCUACCCGUGCCUUCAUGAUCCUGUCGGCCAUGUCGUGCUUCGCAGGCAUCAUCGCAGGCAUUCUCUCCUUCGCCCAUUUCUCCGCCUUCGAGAGGUUCAACCGCUCCUUCGCUGCAGGGAUCAUGUUCUUUGUCUCCAGUGAGUCCCACUGGACAUUGCGAAGCUAACAGAGUUAGACACAAUACACAAAUCAGGGGCGUAACUUUGGAUUUAAAAGAUGGGGGGGAUAUAUAUAUAUUUUUUUUAUCCAGUCAGAUAAACACUCCAAACAGCCUACCCGACCACUCUGAGACGUCUGCAUGGUCCUAAAGCACACCGUAGCCUCGUUUUGUAUCACAUUCCAAUUAUAAAACUGGGAGGGACAAAAAUGCAAUUUCAGAAUGUGGGGGGGACAUGUCCCCAGUGAAAGUUGCACCCCUGACAGAAAUACUCCCAGCCUUAAUACACAAAUGUAAAUGUAUCCAGGAUAAAUCAUUAUGUCGAUGUUUACUGACCCGACCGCUAUUUUACCUACAGUUCUAUCUACUGUAAAUUGGGAGUCCUAAUUUGAAUGUCUCCUCUCUUACUCUCCGCCAGCUCUCUUUGUUCUGCUUGCAAUGGCCAUCUACACUGGGGUGACGGUGAACUUCCUGGGGAAGCGCUUCGGUGACUGGCGCUUCUCCUGGUCCUACAUACUGGGCUGGGUGGCACUGCUAAUGACCUUCUUUGCAGGUAAGAAUGAUACAGACAUAAAUAUGGAUAGAGGGCACACUUGCCAGAAAGUCUGUUUUAGCAUGGGCAGCACCCUUGAAAGCUUACACCAUUUUAAAGGUGUCAACUGGGUGGGACUUCCUGUAGGUUAAGGAAGGAUCAUAGAAUUCCAUCCAGGUCAGCGGGAGGGAUCUGCCAAAGAAUUAUACUCCUGAGAAAACAUUCCAACACUGCAUGUGGCAGUAAAUCACCAACUUUGGCUGUAUGCCUGUUUUGACAAAACACAAUCUUGCACAGUAGGUGGCGGUAUGCACCUUUUCCGCUUGUUUACAGACCGCCAAUAAAUGCAUAGAAGAAGAUAAUAUUUAACUAGAAAAAUGGAGGAGCUGCCCAUGCUGUCAUGGAAGUGAUCAAUGGCAAAUAAAGGAGUGUGCCCUCUUUUCUUUUCUUUAUCUAUGGAUAAACAGAACUAGAAUCAGAUGGCACUUGUUCUUCUCAUCUCCUAAGUAAUUAUUUGAAAUCCAAAAUGCUAGUUGAAUCGAGUCAAACCAAACACUGCAGAAUAUCAUCAAUUGUUGUAGUUUUAUUGAUGAAACAUACAGACAAUGCUGGUAUUUACUGAUAACAGAUUAUACACUAUUCUUUAUAUAUCUCUAUGGGAACUACCUCAAGUAGCACAGAUGCUGGACAGUUGUUGAUUUAAAUAUUUUUAUUUUGCAGGUAUAUUUUACAUGUGUGCCUACAGAAUGCAUGAAUGCAGGAGAGUGACAGGCCCACGCUAAAAGAGAGAGGAAAGCCAGUGAAAAGAUGGCAAAACAGGGACAUUUCAGCCCCUGCAAUUCCAACACGAUGAAAUAAUCAAGCUUACCAAUAGAAAUAUCACUGAAAUAUAGAAAAUGUACUAGAAAAUUGAGAACCAAAGAUUAAUAAAAAUGUUUGAUUCUGCCUGAGCAGUUUACGUGUCAUUUUAAUAAAGCUGUAACUCUCUUAAACAGUAAAACAUUUACACUCUUUCUUACAUUCAACCUUGAAACUCUUGAGUACAGGAAGGUCUUUGCAACACAAAUGUUAGCAGAUUCAUGCCAAUACCAAUGGAGGUAGAAAAGAUUUAGCAUUAUGUGUCAAUUCAAAUGGGUAAUACAGAACAUACUCUAACCAAACAAAUGAAUCAUUUAAAAGGAAUAACAACCAAGCUUUCACAGAGUGUGCAAUUCAAAAGGGUAACAGAAGCUACUGUGAUGAAACAAAUGAAUCAUGUAUGAAGUGCUCACUGUUGUAAAUGGAAUAUAAACAUUUUAACAUUUAAAGAUGAAUGACUUUGGCUAAAAAGGUAUAGUUCACAGAAAUGUGUAAAACACAAACCACAUAUUAUCUUGAAAUAUACUGUGUGUAGCUGGGUCGUUCCAUGAAUAGAGUGUAUUUUGUAAUUUCAAUAAAACACUCAAUUUAACAUUAGGAUCACAUACAUCUAUGCUCUAACUAAACUAAGCAUUUUUUUAUAUAUAUUUUUUACAAAUUCUAAUAGCAGUGUGUUUUCAUUAAAAUCCCCAUCUUGGCAUGUCCCAUGUCAUGUUUGUUCACCUUCUACGAAGAUUUGAAUCUACUUAAUUACAAGAUUUUCACCAUCAUUGUAAAGUCCUAGUUAUUUUGUUGCUUUGGGAAAGUAAUGUCUGAAGAUGUUUACUUAAUUAAUGUAAUUGAAUGAGACAUUUACAUUUGUCCCUCAGGUUUAUGUUCAACCCUGUAACAUGAACUGAACUCUCGUUUUAAUAUGGUAAAACUGUUCCUUUUUAAAUUAGUGAUUCAAAAGAA